UCUUUCUUAUUCACGGAGGAAGGGAUUGGAAGGAAAUUAAAAUAAGGAAGGAAAAGAUUUUAAAAAAGAAGGAUAAUCGAAAAGAGAAAAGAAUUGAGAGACAACAAAAUGAAAAACGAACAGACCGAAUAUAAUGAAAAAUACACAAUAAUUAUCAUGAAAUAAUUAUGAAUAUUAAUCACUGUGAACAUUUAUGAAAAAGAGAAGAUGAAACGAUGCCUAUUUUUUCACCUCUAUUUCAUCUCGCAACUGAUGCUGGCAACAUCUCUAGCAAGGACUGAGAGGAAGCUACUGCGCCAUGAGGACCAUCUCUCCAAGAUCAACAUAUGCUGCUUAAAAGGGGAGUUCGCGGGGCGUCCUCAUGACAGAGACUCAUGGCCUGCCUUUCCUCAGGGAAGAGAGGCCUUGAUGUGGGACUUCAGAAGGAAAAGCGGACCGCCACGUAAUGAAGGGGAACAUGAGUUACCGUAUUAUCCUUUAGUUGAUGAGGCUAAGGAUACGAGACCUCUUAGAGUCCUAGGAAUCCCGAAGCUCCAGAAUACGGGUCCUUCCGCAAGAGUCUUUGAGGUCGAGGAUCUCCACAACGUCCCUCGAAUGCAUCCUGGCGGCGAGUAUCAAGGUAACCUCGCGCAAGAACCUCAGUCGAAAGGUCCCCGAAAGUCGCGUAGACGUCGAAAACCUCGUCACUUCCGUCGGCGUCGCUUGCCGAGUCAAGACCGUAGGAUUAGACACCUUCGUCAUCGGCUGAGGCGCCGUCGUCAUCAGCGGGAAGGUCGUCACCAUCGUCAUCAUAAGAGAAAUAAACACGAUUCAUGCCACAGUCAUCACGACGAGAGUAUCCACCAUCCACACUAUCGUUUCCAACAAGACGAGCAUUUCCACCAUCAUCAUCACCAUUACCAUCGUCACUACCACGACGACCUCAGCUCCUACUACCACCACCACCACGAAGACUACUACCCUCCCCAAGCAAACCACUUAGGUAUCCAAGGCGCGCAGGAAUUCUUAUCGUCCUUGCUCAAGACGGAGACAAGACGUCGACCUCCUGACGUCUCGGACACGAGAGGACCUGGCGGGAAGCGUCUUCGGGAGCAAAUGAGCGAGCUGAUUAGGGUGCUCUGGAUGUCGAGUCGCAGAGAACCACCAGAGGGGCUCGCGGGAUGGAAGGGACCGUGCGACAGACACCGAGAUCUUGAUCGCAACGAGUGUUCAACGGACAACGGCGGCUGUGAACACGAGUGCAAGAACACCCUGGGCUCCUUCGUGUGCUGCUGCCGCCCGGGGUACAAGCUCCUGCCGGACAAGCUCUCGUGCCAAGAGGUAGACGAGUGCGAGGACCACAACGGCGGCUGCUCCCACCGCUGCGUCAAUACCCAGGGCUCCUACGAGUGCCGCUGCGACCCCGGCCAGCGCCUCCUCCACGACCGACGGACGUGCAUAGGGUCUUCUGUUCGGCCGCGGUGCCACGUGAGGAACGGAGGGUGCCAACAGCUGUGCAAUGAACAGGGGAAUCGAGUGGUCUGUUCUUGUCGCCCUGGCCCGUCAGAGAUCGAGAUGGAGGCGGUGAACCCAUGUCACAGCGGCAACGGAGGCUGCGAGCAGAUCUGUGAACACGGGCCAGAGGGAGCUGUGUGCAGUUGCAAUGCAGGUUACGUGCUCGGGGAGGAUGGCAAGAGUUGCAUGGAUGUCGACGAGUGCCAAGCGGGGAGCCAUCGGUGCCAGCAGGAGUGCCUCAACACGGCAUCAGGAUACGCGUGUGCCUGCAAGCCCGGGUUCACUCUCAGUUCAGAUGGGUUCUCUUGUACAGACGUAGACGAAUGCCGCGAGAGGAACGGAGGAUGCGAGCACUCCUGCAGGAAUACCAUAGGAUCUUUCACCUGCUCCUGUCGCGACGGUUACCGGCUGGUGGGCAAGACGCGCUGUCUCGACAUAGACGAGUGCCGUGACAAUAACGGGGGAUGUGAACAGUACUGCAGAAACAAGCCAGGGUCUUUCGAGUGCCUCUGUCGACGAGGAUAUCGCAUUGUUGAUAGGACGCGGUGUGUGGACAUAGACGAGUGCCGGAGAGGCAACGGAGGCUGCGAACACCAGUGCCUGAAUACCCCGGGGUCCUUUACCUGCUCCUGCCCCCCCGGCUUCCGCUCGGUCGACGAAGGGCGGUGCGAAGACAUAGACGAGUGCCGGAGAGGCAACGGAGGCUGCGAACACCAGUGCCUGAAUACCCCGGGGUCCUUUACCUGCUCCUGCCCCCCGGCUUCCGCUCGGUCGACGAAGGGCGACAUAGACGAGUGCCGGAGAGGCAACGGAGGCUGCGAACACCAGUGCCUGAAUACCCCGGGGUCCUUUACCUGCUCCUGCCCCCCCGGCUUCCGCUCGGUCGACGAAGGGCGGUGCGAAGACAUAGACGAGUGCCGGAGAGGCAACGGAGGCUGCGAACACCAGUGCCUGAAUACCCCGGGGUCCUUUACCUGCUCCUGCCCCCCCGGCUUCCGCUCGGUCGACGAAGGGCGGUGCGAAGACAUAGACGAGUGCCGGAGAGGCAACGGAGGCUGCGAACACCAGUGCCUGAAUAGCCCGGGGUCCUUUACCUGCUCCUGCCCCCCCGGCUUCCGCUCGGUCGACGAAGGGCGGUGCGAAGACAUAGACGAGUGCCGGAGAGGCAACGGAGGCUGCGAACACCAGUGCCUGAAUACCCCGGGGUCCUUUACCUGCUCCUGCCCCCCCGGCUUCCGCUCGGUCGACGAAGGGCGGUGCGAAGACAUAGACGAGUGCCGGAGAGGCAACGGAGGCUGCGAACACCAGUGCCUGAAUACCCCGGGGUCCUUUACCUGCUCCUGCCCCCCCGGCUUCCGCUCGGUCGACGAAGGGCGGUGCGAAGACAUAGACGAGUGCCGGAGAGGCAACGGAGGCUGCGAACACCAGUGCCUGAAUACCCCGGGGUCCUUUACCUGCUCCUGCCCCCCCGGCUUCCGCUCGGUCGACGAAGGGCGGUGCGAAGACAUAGACGAGUGCCGGAGAGGCAACGGAGGCUGCGAACACCAGUGCCUGAAUACCCCGGGGUCCUUUACCUGCUCCUGCCCCCCCGGCUUCCGCUCGGUCGACGAAGGGCGGUGCGAAGACAUAGACGAGUGCCGGAAAGGCAACGGAGGCUGCGAACACCAGUGCCAGAAUACCCCGGGGUCCUUUACCUGCUCCUGCCCCCCCGGCUUCCGCUCGGUCGACGGAGGGCGGUGCGAAGACAUCGACGAGUGCCUGGAACGGAGCGACGGGUGCGAGCACUACUGCAAGAACACCGAAGGCUCUUUCUUGUGCUCAUGCUUGCGAGGUUACCGCCUGGUAGAGAGCAGGCGGUGCGAGGCCAUCCCGACCGACCUCGAGCAGGACAACGGUGUCUCUCAGCGCGGGCAAAUAGACGAUGUCACGGAGAACGGCCUCCAGAUCCUCGAGGACGACUUCACGGACCUGAAGAAUGACCUGACGAUGGUCGAGACCGAAAGGAGCUGGACAGUGGACGAGAAGGGGACAUGGAGGAUCGAGGGGGACAGGCCCUCGAGAGGACGAGGAAAGACCACUGGCGGGGACGACCGCCGACGGGGCCCGGGCGAAGGAGAGGGCCGAGGGGAGGGCCGCAGAAAGGGCCAGGACGCCGUUGACGACAGGAGAUGGAAGUUGGACGAAGAGCAGCGCUGGGAGACCGGGGGACAUGGGCCUCCCAGACCAGGCGGGGACAAGGGCGACGAGGACGAGUCGAGAUAUAACAACGUCGACAGAGAUGGAAGAUGGAGGAUAGACGAGGAAAGGAGAUGGCGAGUGGAGGAGGAGAGGAGGUGGGGAAUAGACGGAGGACGAGACCAAUGGAGAGGAGAGACGGGAGAGAAAGGGGAAAAGGUAAAGGGUGGAAGAAAAUGGAGAGUCGACGAAGAGCUUUACACCAGAAUUGAUGAAAAAAUGAAGUGGGGAGAGGAUGGAAUCAAUCCCGAAGAAGACGGUGGAAUUAGGGGACCAGGAGAAGCUAACAUAUUUGAAAGACCUGGUAGACCUAGCGAAGGAGGAGUUACACGACCUGGCGAAGGAGACGGUUUCAGUCGACCCGGGGAAGGAAACGGAAUUAGGAGACCUGGGGAGGGUGGUGAGAUUGGAAGACCAGGAGAAGGGGGAACAGGAGUUGCUAGACCAGGAAAAGGAGGUGGCUUCGGAAGACCAGGAGGAGGAUUCGGGAGACCUGGAGAAAGAGGAGAUAGUAGACCACGAGAGAGGGACGGCUUAGGAAGACCUGGAGAAGGCGGAGGAGUGAAAAGACCAGGAGAAGGGGACGUAUUUGGAAGACCUGGAGAAGGAGAUGGAUUCGCAAGACCUGGAGAAGGAUUUGGAAGACCUAGAGAUGGUAGACCAGAAGAAGGAGACGGCUCCAGACGACCUGGAGGAGUGAAAAGACCUGGAGAGGGAGGAGGUUUAGGAAGACCUGGAGAAGGUGGAGGAAUUGGAAGGCCUGGAGAAGGAGACAUUUUUGGGAGACCUGGUAGACCUGGAGAAGAUGUUUUCAGACAACCUGGGGAAGGAGACGUUUUUGGAAGACCUGGUAGACCUGGAGAAGGAGAUGGUUUCACAAGACCUGGAGAGGGUGGCGGAAUUGGAAGACCAGGAGAAGGAGGAGUGAAAAGACCAGGAGAAGGAGGAGGAUUGAAUAGACCUGGAGGGGGAGGAGGACUAGGAAGACCAGGGGAUGAAGACGGCUUCAGACGACCUGGCGAAGGCGGAGUUACAAGACCUGGAGAAGGAGACAUUUUUAGAAGACCUGGGAGACCUGGAGAAGGAGACGACUUCGGAAAACCGGGAGACCGAGGAGACUCAGCCAAAAGACCCGGAGGAGAUACGUGGAGAGUAGACGAAGAGAGGAGAUGGAGGCUAGAGGAAGAGAGGAGAUGGGGAGUGGACGAAGAGGAGGAGAAGAAAAUACGAGAAGACGUUUCCACGAGCCGCGACGGUGAACAGGAUAGGGACCUCGUGACGGUGAUCGAACACGACACCAAUAUCACCAACACUGUGAUACACGGCUGCCCGAGGGGUUUCUUCGGGCCCGGCUGCCGGUCCUCGUGCGCCGAGUGCCCCGGCAGGUGCACCGACAGGGGGUGUGUGUGUCCCCCGGGCAAGACGGGGCUCACCUGCCAAGAGCCUUGUCCCCAGGGAUCCUUCGGCCAAGACUGCAAGCAGGCGUGCCAGUGUGAGAACGGAGGCUCAUGUGACGCGGAGACGGGCGCGUGCAUUUGCCCGCCAGGUGUCUUUGGAGACCGCUGUGAGGAUGGCUGUCCCGCAGGCUUCUUCGGACAAACGUGCCGACGUCGCUGUCCUACCAAAUGCCCCAGCUUGAGAUGCAAUCGGAUCUUCGGGUUCUGCGAGUGUGAACCGGGGCGAACGGGAACCAAGUGCAACAUGCCAUGCCCGAAUAUGAUGUGGGGGGCCAACUGUCGCCAUCAGUGCCAGUGCCGCGUCCAGAGCACUCGUCUCUGCAGGCAGGAGGACGGCAAGUGUGAGUGCCAACCCGGAUAUACAGGAGACAACUGCUCUGACCUCUGUCCUCCUGGGCGCUGGGGAGCCGACUGCGAGAACACCUGUGCUUGCGAUGACGGAAGCAGGUGUGAUCACGUGACGGGUGCUUGCCUUCAGGAGUGUCCAGCUGGCUUCACGGGACCCAACUGCGAGCGGCCUUGCGGCGAGGGCACCUUUGGACCCGGAUGUAAAAUGGUGUGCCAGUGCGGCUCUCGGCCCUGUGAUCCGGCCACGGGGGAGUGCCGCUGUGCCCCGGGUUUCCACGGCGAGAACUGCCUUCAGCCUUGUCCUGAGGGACUGUGGGGCGUGGACUGCCUGCAGAAGUGUGAGUGCGAAGGCAACAGUACCUGCAGUCGCGUGACGGGGGCGUGUCAGUGCCCCCGUGGAUCUACCGGAGACGCGUGCGAGAAACAGUGCAAGCCCGGGCGUUGGGGAGAAGGUUGCAGGCAGUCUUGCAGAUGUCUCAAUGGUGCAACAUGUGAUCCUGUGACUGGCAAGUGCAUAUGCGGCGCCGGCUUCACGGGACCCUACUGCGGCCGGCAGUGCCCUCCAGGCCGGCAUGGCCACGAUUGCGCUCACCUGUGCCAGUGCCCGGGCGGGGGCCAGUGCCACCGCGUCACCGGGCACUGUUCCUGCCCGCCGGGUAGGACUGGACAGAAGUGCCGGCAACCGUGUCCGGAAGGCGUGUACGGCGUGGACUGCGCCAUGAGCUGCAGGUGCGAGAACAACGCCACGUGCGACCCUGUGUCCGGCGCCUGCACGUGCACCCCGGGAUGGCAAGGCAGGUUCUGUUCCGAGCCAUGCCCCGCGGGGUUCUGGGGCCGAGAGUGCCGCCGCGUGUGCGAGUGUGGCACUGGGACCUGCGAGCCUACCACGGGGGACUGCAUCUGCAAACCGGGGGAAGAGUGUGCCAGGGCGUGCCCGCCAGACCGAUGGGGCCCCACCUGUGACAACAUCUGCCUCUGCCACAACGGAGGCACCUGCGACCGCGUGUCAGGCCUGUGCAUGUGUCCUCCUGGCUACACCGGUGCCACGUGUCAAGAAAGGUGUCCCCCGGGAAGUUUCGGCGAGAAGUGUCAGUUCUCCUGCUUGUGUCAGAACGGUGCCACCUGCAUGCAUGACACUGGCGCUUGUGUUUGUCCUCCUGGGUAUAGAGGCACCUACUGCGAGGAAGGAUGUGAUGACGGCAGCUACGGCCCAGCGUGUCUCCUGAAGUGUGCCUGCCAACGGGGUGGAAAGUGCGACCCCGUGACAGGAGCGUGCGCUUGCCCCCCGGGAUGGCAUGGGGAGAAGUGUGACAAGCCAUGUCCGCAGGGUCUAUGGGGACAAGACUGCAAUAACAUGUGUAAUUGCAAGCACGGAGGUUCCUGUCACCAUGUCACAGGAUUGUGCCAGUGCCCAUCUGGCUACACCGGGGAAAACUGUCAAGAUAUUUGUCCACGAGGAUUUUAUGGGAAGGACUGUAAUCAGCGUUGUACCUGUGCCAGGAAUCAGCCGUGCCAUCACAUUACGGGUGCCUGCAAGUGCCCGCCUGGACGUAUGGGGGCACAAUGCCAUGACUUCUGCCCCGAAGGAAGAUGGGGGGAGCAGUGCCAAGAGGAGUGCCAAUGCAAGGGCUCUUCCCUCUGCGACCCCGUCACCGGCGCCUGCGUGUGUCCCCCAGGUACUCAAGGCCAGAAGUGUGACAUAGGCUGUUCUUCAGGUUUUUAUGGCAUCGGUUGCAAGGACAUAUGCGAGUGUGAGAACGGAGGUCGAUGUAACUCGACGACUGGGGCUUGUGAGUGCCCCGAGGGUUUCUACGGCCCCACGUGCUCCCUUCCCUGUCCUGACGGUACAUACAGCACCCACUGUAACCAGACGUGUGAUUGCGAACACGGCGGCGUCUGUACCAGGAGCGGUCAGUGCAGAUGCCCGGCGGGGUACGUUGGAACCAAGUGCGAGAACCGGUGCCCGGCCGACAAAUGGGGCUUGCAGUGUGCCAACGAGUGCCAGUGUCAAAACGAUGCCAUUUGCCAUCCAGCGACGGGCGAAUGUCAGUGCGGGCUGGGCUGGACCGGACACAACUGCACCCUCCCGUGUCCCGCUGGUCACUACGGCCCCGACUGCCAGCUGGACUGCGCCUGCCACCACAACGCCACCUGCGAUCGGUUCAGCGGCUGUUGCAUCUGCGGGCCGGGGAGAUACGGCCGGUACUGCGAACUCGAGUGCCCUCCUGGAUUCCACGGCGACUAUUGCACGAAAGUCUGUGAGUGUGACAACGACGCGACGUGCAAUCCGUACACCGGCCAGUGCAUCUGUCCUCCAGGCUUGACGGGUGACACCUGCGCCGACAGAUGCCCAGAAGGGACGUUCGGCCUCGAGUGCCAAAGUGAGUGCCAGUGCGGCCCCUACCCCUGCCGGAAGGACACGGGGGAGUGCCUGUGCCCUGCUGGCUUCAAGGGACCUGGAUGUGAGAUGCAGUGCGGGCCUGGGCGCUACGGCCUCGGGUGCCAGCAGCAGUGCGAGUGCCGGAAUGGUGCGACCUGUGACCCGGCGACAGGUCAAUGCACCUGUCCGCCGGGCUGGAUCGGGCCAACGUGUCAGGAGAAAGACCUGUCGGUCUUCACCACACACCCAGACCACCGGGACCGCUCUGACAUCCCCGUGGAAGACAGCUGAGACUCCCCCCCCCCCUCCUCCAAACGCCUCGUCAGCUCACGUCGAACCACAGAAAUUACGUCACAUCUCCAUACUUUCUGCGUCGGAAACCUACGUCACGUGAUGUUAUGACGUGAGACUUUACGUCACACCUGCACGUCACGCCAUCCCAUGCCUUGUACACGUCAAGCCAAUGUACGCAGAUGAAGCCAGUGACGCGUACGCUUGCAAUGCCCUCAUGCAACAGUGCUUGAGCGGAAGGCAGGCGUGGUUGCAAAAUCCUUUUCUCCCAGCCGGUCGUUGCAACUGUUUUUUUACGUACCUUCUGUAAAUAUAGUUAAUUUAUAUAUUUGGGAAAGUUGGUUAUUUGUUUUCGGACGGAAAAGUACUGGAAUCUUGACUAUUCUUUGUGAAGCUUAAGAACUGAAAAGAAGAGUCUGUAUGAUUUUAAGAUGGGGAAAAUAUGAGAAUACUGUGUGUGUGUGUGUGUGUGUGUGUGUGUGUGUGUGUGUGUGUGUGUGUGUGUGUGUGUGUGUGUGUGUGUGUGUGUGUGUGUGUGUGUGCGUGCGUGGUGUUUGAUUGUGUAUGUAUAUGUGUGUGUAUGUGUGUGUGUGUGUGUGUGUGUGUGUGUGUGUGUGUGUGUGUGUGUGUGUGUGUGUGUGUGUGUGUGUGUGUGUGUGUGUGUGUGUGUGCGUGCGUGGUGUUUGAUUGUGUAUGUAUAUGUGUGUGUAUGUGUGUGUGUGUGUGUGUGUGUGUGUGUGUGUGUGUGUGUGUGUGUGUGUGUGUGCGUGGUGUUUGAUUGUGUAUGUAUAUGUGUGUGUGUGUGUGUGUGUGUGUGUGUGUGUGUGUGUGUGUGUGUGUGUGUGUGUGUGUGUGUGUGUGUGCGUGGUGUUUGAUUGUGUAUGUAUAUGUGUGUGUAUGUGUGUGUGUGUGUGUGUGUGUGUGUGUGUGUGUGUGUGUGUGUGUGUGUGUGUGUGUGUGUAUGUGUGUGUGUGUGUAUGUAUGUAUAUAUAAAUGUGUGUAUGUAUGUAUGUAUGUAUGUAUAAAUGUGUGUGUAUGUGUACAUGUAUGUAUGUAUGUAUAAAUGUGUGUAUAUGUAUAUAUAUCUAUAUAUAUAUACAUAUAUAUAUAUACUAUAAAUAUAUAUAUAUAUAUAUAUAUAUAUAUAUAUAUAUAUAUAUAUAUAUAUAUAAAUAUAUAUAUAUAUAUGUGUGUGUGUGUGUGUGUGUGUGUGUGUGUGUGUGUGUGUGUGUGUGUGUGUGUGUGUAUGUGUGUGUGUGUGUGUGUGUGUGUGUGUGUGUGCAUGUGUGUGUGUGUGUGUGUGUAUGUGUGUGUGUGUGUGUGUGUGUGUGUGUGUGUGUGUGUGUGUGUGAGCGCGCGCGCGCAUGCGCAUGCGCAUGUGCAUGUUUUCUAAUAUUUUUCCUUUCUUCAAAAGCACACAAAUUUACCUGUAAGUUAUCAGGAUAGAUGAGUUUCGGAGAUUGUGCCAGCCAUUAGCAGGCGCGUCAGCCCGAACCCCAACCAUCACUGCCAGAAAUUAGUGAGUUAGGAAGCCUCGACACCUCAUAGUGUACAUACUUCACAGGGCGCCGAGAGAUGUGUUUGAAAUGUUGUGUUUGAAAUAACGUCACAACCUUAAUGUUCCCUUUAUUUUUUUGUGCUUUUGUAGAUUAAUUAAGAAAAUUAGACAGUUAGGGAACUUACGCAGGGGAACCCAUAACCUUGCUAAGUAUAAGGAUGUGAUUUUAAAGCGUAAUGUAGUCAGUGAUUCGAUUUAGGAUUCAACCCUUUGUUUCUAUUUUCACCAAUUUCCUCAAAAUAACUGUUACUGAUAAAAGUUUGUACCCAAAAUGUAGCUGCACAGCAUUGCCAAAUUCGCCAUACGUUAUUAGAUUUUCUGUAAUAGAUCCAAUAUUGUAAAUAAACGCUAACAGGA